GGAGCUUUUCUUGGUUCCAUGACAGCUCACACCGAUGCUGCUCUCCACUAACCAUUGCUUUCUUGCUCAUUGGUGUUGCUGAGCCUGCUCUUCCCCUUCCUCCUAUCAGGUUUAAUUAGAAAAUUCUACGCCCAUAGCUUGGUUUUGUGAGGGAUGCCAAAGACGUCACCAAGGAAAGCCAAAUGGGAUGACCAGAAAAUUUUAUUAAUGCAUAGGAGACUAAUGAUCUUUCUAAUUAGCAGUUAUUCCAGUGCAAGAAGAAGGUGCAGUGAGGCAUGCAGCAAAAGCAUGCUGUCAGGGGCCACAACUGACCCCUGAAACUGCCUCUGAUGGAGCAGGAGCUUCUUGUGCAGGGCUGUGCUUCAUGCCAUCCAGGCCAACACUGACCAUAGUGAGCCAGGUUCAAGACCUGAGCCUUUGCUUCUGCACUUGGGACACAACCCCCUGCAUCUAUAUGGCAGAGGGGCAGAGUGUAUGAAAGCAACACAGAGGAGAAGGACGUGGAGGUGCUAGCUGGCAACUGGGUGAACAUGAACCAGCAGUGUGCUCACACGGCCAAGGAUUCCAAGGGCAUCAGGGCUGAUAUCAGAAAUAGUGCAGCCAGCAGCAGCAGGAGGUGAUCAUCCCAUUGGAGUCAGACUCUGUCCCCAGGUAAUAGAGGACGAGAGGUGAUGGCCUCAAGUUGCACCAGGAGAGGUCCAGCUUUUCAUAUUUGGAAAAACUUCUCUGAAAGAGUGGCGAUGCAUUGGCACAGGCAGCCCAGAGAGGGGAUGGAGUCACUGUUCCUGGAGUUGCUCAAGGUGCAGCUGUUGCAUGGUACUGGAUUGGCCCAGAGCUUCAUGGCUUCAUCUCAGCCCUCAGACAGAGACGUGCUGUGUGUCAGGGUCCAGAUUUCGGUGGCCUUGUUGAGCUCCAAGCACUGGAGACAGCGCUGAAGUAGACUGGCCAAUGCCUGUCACUCAGAGCAAGUGGACAUGGAGUCACCUCUGCCAUACAUUUUCCAUGGCACUGGUCUGCUUCAGAGAUGUAGGGAGAGGAAGAGGCUGCUGUUGCAGAGCUGCUACGUUAUGCUGGAUUGCCCCAGAGCUUCAUGGCUUCAUCUCAGCCCUCAGACAGAGACGUGCUGUGUGUCAGGGUCCAGAUUUCGGUGGCCUUGCUGAGCUCAAGGCUCUUAAAUUCCAGAAGCUUCUGGUGGGGCAAUUAUCUAGAUGGGCUUCUCAUCCCUCACAUGGAAUUUGCAGGCUCUGCACAUUGGUAUGGCAAGAACCCGGGGAUGGGGGACAGCAUUAAUUAGCUGAUGUCCUGCCUGGGCCAUGGAGGCCAGCAGAGCCUGGCCAAGUCCCACUGGGGAUGAGCAGAGCCCCACAAUCUGAUAGCGUGGCUUGUGCUUGAGGAAAGGAGCUGCAUGGAACAGCAGAUUUUUCCUCUAGAUUGCUGGGUAGCAAGGCGGAAACAAGCCACAGUGCUGGUCUGGCACCUCCCAACGCUUGGGAGCGUUCGCUCCUCCCUUGGCAGAUUGUUUGCUGCCCCCCACCCCUCUGCCGUGUAUAUAAGGCCCCUCAGAGCCCUGCCACUACACAUCCACUCCAGCGAGGCAGACAGCAAGCUGCUCCUUCAGCUCCAGCACCUCUGUCUUGGCGAGAGUCAACCAGAAGGCCUUCAGCAUGGGUAAGGAACGCUCUGCAGCCUCCCUUAGCACUGUUUCCAGGGGCCUCUUUGUGCUUCGAAAAUUGAUUUCCCACAUUUGGCUGUGGGAUCUGUGCUCCCCUUCUGCUGGAGAAUUGCUACAAGAGAAGCUGGAGUUAUUUUCCUUGCUAGAGCUUCAAUGCUGACAUGGUUGUCCAUGUCAACUCCCUCUCCAUCGCUGCUGAUGGACCCAGGAUGAGUGCAGGAUGCAGAAGGGAAUGGAGCAGGGCUCUGAUCUGUGAUACCCCAUGGUCGUGGUCUAGUGGGCAUGGGAGUGAUGGGUCAGAGGUUGAACUUGAUGGUCUCAGUGUCUUUUCCAGCCUCAAAGAUUCCAUGGUGCCCAGUGGCACCUGGAGGAGGAUUCCUCUCCUGUACCUGAGAUCUGUCAGGGCCACCACAAAUGGAGCUGCUGGUCAUGGAGUCCUUGUUGGCAGCCAGGGUGGGAGAAGUCUAUUGAGUGGGACAGUCUUCUGCAUAGGCAGCACUGAAGGAUGUGGACAUUUCCCAUUUCGUUCUUUUCUUUUUCUCACCUCAGACAGAUGCAGAGUUCAGUGCUACGAGUACCCCAGCUGCCCUGACGUUGUGAAACCCAAGUGCUAUCAGGCAUGCUCUGAAGCUCCCAGAGAGGAGGUUGCAUACGUGACAUGUACUUACAGAGAAACAGGCAUUGACCAACCUGACUUCCUGGCCACCAUCGAUCUCAACCCCAGAUCUCCAUAUUACUGCCAGGUGAUCCACCGCCUGCCCGUGCCCAACCUCAAAGAUGAGCUGCACUGUUCUGGGUGGAGCACAGACCGCAGUAGCAGCAUCUGCUUUGACAAUAUCACAACGAAAAAGAACAAGCUGAUCCUCCCUGGUCUGAUUUCUUCUCGUAUUUAUGUGGUGGAUGUGGGUACACAGUGCCGGGCUCCCACAGUGUGUAAGAUGAUUGAGCCAGUGGAUGUCUUCUGGAAGUGCAACAAGGGCCACCUUAGUGUAGUUCACAGCCUGCCUAACGGUGACAUUCUGAUCGCCAACAUGGGGGAUGCAGCUGGCCGUGGGAAAGGUGGAUUUAUUGUGCUGGACGGAGAGACCUUUGAGCUGAAGGGUAACUGGGAACACGAGUGCGAGGUUCCCCCAACAGGUUAUGACUUCUGGUACCAGCCACGCCACAACGUUCUCAUCAGCACGGCCGGGAUGGUGCCAAGAAUUGCGGGACGUGGAUUUAACCCGGAUGAUCUGAAGAAAGGUGAGGGAACACGGAUGCAGGCGCUGGGCCAGAGCUCAGCAGGCUCAUGGCCGGAUGCAGACAAACUCACAGUAUGGGUAGCAGAUGGAGAAAGGGGACAGGCGGAGCGUGUGCAGGUUCACCCAUCUCCAGGGCUGCCCUCCCCUCCUGACUCACUUCUCCUUCUCCUCCUCCUCAGGGGUCUUCGGGCGCCGCCUGAAUGUGUGGAAUCUGUCCUGCCGUACCCUCACGCAGUGCUUUGACCUGGGGGAGGAUUCCUUGCCCCUGAGCGUGAAGUUCCUCCACAAUCCCGAUGCUGCCGAGGGCUACGUCAGCUGUGCCCUGAGCGGCAUCAUCUACCGCUUCUACAAGUGCGAGGC